GAGGGAUGGCGAUUUGAAGAUGCCUGCGGCUCUCUGUGGUUCUCACUUCCUUCUUCAUGAUGACCGGUGCGUUGCUGAGAUGUAUUCCCGUAGAUAACCAAACAGUCAAGAAAUGGUUGAUCCAUAUUGGACAGCUGCUCAAUGGAUUUGCUGGUCCUGUUGUUAUGAACGCUCCUCCAUUUCUCUCAACGACUUGGUUCCCUCCAGACCAGAGGGCCACAGCCACCGCUGUUGCAUCCUUGUUCAAUUACUUUGGUGCAGCUUGUGCAUUUUUGGUAGGCCCUUUGAUAGUUCCAGCACCCAAUGGUACCACGUCACUUUUUACUGCCUCCAGCCAUCAUACUGAUUUUAUAAAGGAUCGUAUUCAAACUCUAUUAUAUGCAGAAUUUGGUGUGACUGCUUUGCUGUUGAUUGUUGUGAUAGCCUACUUCCCAUCUCACCCUCCUCUUCCACCCAGUAUAGCUGCUGCAAGCCAGAGGCUCAAUUACAGAAGCAGUAUCUACAGACUCCUUGGCAAUUUCAGGUUUUUGAUGAUUGCAUUGGCUUUUGCUGUGCCUCUGGGGAUAUUAGCAGGCUGGUCAGGAGUCUUAGACGUAAUUCUAACACCACUGAAGGUGAGCCAGGUUGAUGCUGGUUGGAUUGGUUUUUGGUCAACAAUUGGUGGCUGUACUGUUGGAAUAUUGAUUGCAAGGUUUGCAGACUUCUUCAGGGGAGUGCUAAAACUCAUCCUGCUCUUGCUGUUCUCCGGAGCCACUUUGUCAUCUGCGUGGGUUGCCCUCACCUGCUUUAACAGUGUCACUCACCUGCCUAUAACGCCAGCAACAUUAUAUACAUCCUGCAUAUUAGUCGGCGUAUUCAUAACCAGCAGUGUUCCUUUCUUCUUUGAACUGCUGGUGGAGACUGUGUACCCAGUGCCUGAGGGGAUAACCUGUGGAUUUGUGACCUUCUUGAGUAAUGUCUUCAUGGGAUUAUUAUUAAUGUUCCUGGCAUUUUACCAUGCAGACGUUAACUGGUUGAAUUGGUGCCUGACUGCAUCGUGUCUUUUCAGCCUUCUCCUUAUUCUGCUGUUCAAGGAAUCCUACGAUAGACUCUACCUCGAUGUGUUGGUUUCUGUCUGAUGUAUAGAUGGAGGGGACAGCCAAAUUCUGAAGAGACUGGAAAUUCCUUGUGGAAUAGGAAUGUACACUUGGUUGAAAUUGCACAUUUUUGUUUUAUAAUGACGAAGAGAGUUUUUGUUAAAUUCAAACCCACUAUGUUCAGAAGUUGGAAUUGCUAAUUUAAUAUUGUAAAAUUGUAGAUGUGUGUGAAGCAAAACAAGAUGACUUGUGUGUUCUUGGAGUGGAAGGACUAUUUUUGAAAGUAUUCCUGUUUCGUAAGGAGUACAAUCAGUGCAGACAUCUGAGAGGUUGCACUGCAGUUUAAAAGCUGUGUACUGGAUCUAGGCUGUGAGAAUCCAGAAGGCACCCAGAACUGAAUCAUCGCCCUCUCGAUCUCAUUGUAAUAAGGUACUUCUGUCCAAGCUGAACAGGCUAAUACUGAAGGAUUGUGGUUUAAUAGCAUUGAGUGAGGAAGGUUGGUGUUAAGAUAUGCAUUGGUGAUAUCAAGUGCAAUCUUCCUCCUUGAAUAUAAGCACUGACAGGAACCUGCCAGAACAAGUUCAAGUCUAAAAUAUUAUAUUGUCCUGACCUUUCUAUUAGAUGGGCAGUGCCAACGGGUGGUUACUGCAAAUUGCAUUGCACUGAAACUGCCAAUAGCAGAUGUUAGUAAUGGACUGAAUAUAGAUUAACAAUUUGUCUUGGAAACGGGUUAGAAUAUUCUAUGCUUAUACUGAUAAUUAUCUCCCAAGAGAUUUCAGUACGUAGCCAGUCCUUGCUGUUGCGCCUUGCCAAACCUAUUGUGGAUCUUUAUUUCCUCAGUCAACUGUGCUGUUCGUUAGUUCCUUUCCUGGCAGUCUAGUGUAGCUAUCAGUAACAAAUAAUCACAAGCUAUUGAUGUCUUUAAUCAGUUGUGAUGCCUAAACAUGAGGGUGCCCCAGGUGCACUGAUAUCAAGAGAUACACACUGACCACCUGCUCCAGUUCACUUCCAUCAUCUUGUGUCAGGAAUCUGAGUUCACUCCAAAGAAGUAAGUGCUUACUGUUGUCAGAAGAACAUUUAAUGAAGUGAUCCAGAAACAUCCUCUAGCUUCUUGCAUAGCAUCCAUACUAUCAGAGUGCAGAUACCGAGUCGAGGAGUCUGCAAUUUUUUAGAUGUACACAAAUGUUUUCUUAUCGCACUGCCUUGAUAAUUAUGUUCCCUUCCAUGCAGACGACUCUUCCCUUCUCCACCUGCACCCCCUCCCGCCACCAACUUCCUGGAAAAUAUGCUCUUCCAUUUCACACAGAGAAAUUCUCAAUUAUGCCAGGAUGGUGGAAGCAAACUUGCCUGUUUUCUUGCACUGAAGCUCAGGGAGUAUCCGGAGAGAAUGCAGUUCUUUCCCAUCAAAGAUGGUCCAACGCAGCACCAGCCUAGAACCUCACAUCAAGACAGAGGGUAGUGAGACUGGUGACUGUUUGCAGACUUCAAGAUUUUCUGAUCACAGUUUAAAAGGUUUAUUGCAAAAGGGCAAAUCUGGAAGAAAUAGUGUCAAGUGAUGCUAAUAUCUUGAGUUCAAGGUGACAGUGUACCCUAAAUAUUGGUCACCCAGUACAAAACUGGAAGGUUAGCCCCUACAAGUACUGUGUGAGCAGAAACUUUGGAUGGCAGGGUUUUGCUGUUAAAUCCAAAGUGAGGCUGGGGAAAUCUGUUGGUAACUACACUCCUGUGUUCAUCACAAAUCACCAGAGAUAGCAAUCCCUUCCAUGCUAACAGGAUGUGCUUUUGGGGAAUUCAUUGUAAGGUGUAAAGUUUUUUUGUAUGUAUAAAAUUCUAACCUUUCCUAUUAAAUGUUCAAGAAUUUGCAAACACUGAUCAGAAGCAGACUUUGUCUUUCCCUUCCUCCUCUUUAUGGAUAUUCUAUUUUGUAAUUGGUUACUAAAUUACAAUUUUAGCAGGGUUUUUAAGGUCUUGUGUCUGGAAAAUGAAGUUGCAUUAAAAAUUCUAACAUUUGCUGUUUUGAGCAACUGUGGACUAGGUUUGUAUACAUCUAAGUUGUAAUAUUUGUAAAAUGACUUGUAGAUCAUUGGUUUUAAUCUGUUGCACAAGGAUUAUGCACAUUUCAUUGAGCUUGGCAAAUUACAGUAUGCAAUUUGUGUAUGUGUUUUGCCGGGCACAUCCUAACUAAGUUCUCAAAUUGUGUAGAAAUGUAAAUAAAAUGUCUGGAAAGAAA